AUGCCAGAAGCUGACCAACUCGCGGAGGAAAACCAGCGGCUGAAGAAGGAGCUCAAGAACCUCCAGCAGCAGCGCGAGAAGGAGAAGAAUGAAUUUGAAAGCAAGAUCGCCUCAGAGCGCGAAGCGGGAAAGGGUCAUCAAGAGUCCGCGAUGCAACGAACUCAAGAGUUGGAAGCCAUGAAGAGCAAGAUGGUCAAGUUGACCCGGCAGUUGGACGAGGAGGUCCAAAAACGCGACCAAGUCUCAGCUGAGUCACAACAGCUGGAGAGAAGACUUCAGGACUUGACCAAAGGCACCGCGGGUGCCGUCCCGGCCUCGCCGACCUCGGGGACCGGUGAUGAGCAAGCGCUCCGAGAGCGUGGGAGCCAGGUCUCGACCAAGCUCAUGCGUGUGGUAGAUCAGUGGAUGCGGCAACGGGACUUGCAACAAGCCUUGCUUCGAGGGGCCUCGAUCAACGACACGGCCUUUGCAACCCUUGUGCAGGCUUUGAAUGAUUGCCCAUCUUUGCAGACCCUCGACCUGUCUCAGAAUUUGUUGACCAUGGACUCUUGCUCUGACCUUUGUCAGCUCAUCACCACGGCCCCUAGCUUGUCCUUCAUCUCCCUCGCGGAGAACUUGUUCUCGCUGCGGUCAGUGGGCUACUUUAUGACUGCAGUGAUGGAGCGGCAGAACACCAAGAAGCUCAUGCCGUUGGAUCUGUUGGACUUGCAGGGUAACGAGGGCCUCAUCGCUGCAGCUGCGGCCCCAGUGCCGGAGGCCUUGCUGAGCCAAGUGCAACAGGCGAUGCACCGCGCGGGACGCUUACCACCCAGUGGCGUCGAGUUGGUUGCACAGGUCAUGAGGGCUUUGUGGCGAUUCCUGCAUGACACAGCUCAUCCACAAGUGAAGGAUGCAAGUCCAGAUGAUGUGGCAUUCUUUGUGAUGGAUAAGAUCACCUUGCGGAAGAUGGAGAAUGCGCUCAUGAAGAUCUUGCUUUUAGGUGCCGACACCGCCAUGGAUGCGGGCUCCGUGCAGUAUCGCCCGGUGACCGCCAAUUUGGCCUUUGCCUCGACCCUGGAGGUUGCUGAGGACCCUCGCGUCCCUGAGCAGGUGGCGCGUGAGGACCGGAAGCAGAGCGGCUACGCCUCGCCCACGGUGUCGCCGCAGAAGCCGAAGAUGAGCACACAGGAGGUGAGGACUCAACCAACAGCUGCUGACCCCUUCGCCGACUUGAAGACAGCUUUUGAGCCACAGCGUGAGAAGCUCAAGACCUUCAAUCUGAAGCAGAUUGUCACCCGGAAUGGCACUGUGCUCAUGAACAUGCUCGAGCGAUUGCUGGAGACCACCGAGAUUGAUGCACGGGACGUCGAGACAGAGCAAACCUUGUUGGAGUAUGCCUGCCACACUGGCAACAUGGGCCUGGCCAAGCUUUGCUACCGCCGUGGCGCCAACUUAUCGGCCAAGACGCAGAAGGGAGAGACCGCCUUCAACAUCGUGACGCAGAACAAGCGCUAUGAUCUCAUGGAGUUCUUGCACACCUAUGGCGUCAAGGUGAACAGUGCGGAUGCCAAAGGCCGCACGGCUUUGCACGUGGCGGCCGCCAACGAUGACGUGGACGGGGUGUGCCGACUCGUGGAGUGGGGAGCUGAUGUGAACAUCAAGGAUGACAAGAAGCGGACGCCCAUUCACGUUAGUGCGGCCAGCGGCAACAUGAAGACCACCAUGCUGUUGCUGGAGGUAGGUGCCGAUAUGAAUGCCAAGGAUGACCGCGAGUACACGGCGGUAGCCCACGCAGAGGCGAACAAUCACUUCGUGCUCAUGGACCGGCUGGUUCAACUUGGAGGACGGGGCCAUGGACUCCACCAAAAGAAGGAGAAUGACAUGGCCCGAUCCAAAUCGGCCAAGAUGAUCGGUGAGCUCGUGGUGUCCGCGGGCUUGUUGAAGCGAUCCUCCUUGGGCCGGAUCGGUAAGGUCUCAGCCUGCGUGUUCCUGCCGCCCGAGCAGCGCGGUUUAGCGGAACGGUGUGGCAAGCAGGAUCUCGGUCGCCUGAUUUUCGUGGCGCCCCUCUUCGAAGCGGCUUCACUGGACCGCUACGCUGACUUCCGCGUGUCCCGCUUCUACCAGCGCUGCAUGGAGAGCGAACCCGACCUCUUCCGGUUGGUCACCGGCACUGGAACGCUGGGUUGCAUCAUCACUUUCUCCAUUUGCCUACGGCAUUCUUGGUCCUUGGACCAGCGACCACUGUGCAUGCAGCGGAGCUACUACCAUGGCAUGUUGGCUUUUCCCAUGGUUUGGGCCUUUUGCACCUGGGUCACACUUUGGUGUCCUUUGAAUGCUCCAAUGUCAGAGCUUUUCAUGGGGCAAAGCGAGGCCUAUGCAAUUUAUUCCUUUCUGGUACUGCUCUUCAUGUUGGUGAGCAUUGAAGCACUGAAGCGGCGGCGGGAUGGUGAGUUGGAUGGGAGUUCUUAUCACUCCAACUCCAACAUGGGCGAGGUUAUCAUACAAGCAGUUCAAGCAUAUGGUCCACAGAAGUACUUCGCCGUCCCUCCCUUGGGCUGCCUUUUUAUGAAAUGCGUCCGGCCGCACCAUGUGACGGCCAACCAACUUCUGUGGGUCUCGCGGCUGGUGAAACAGUAUGGCUAUGCACAGGUCAUUCUGAACACAUGCUACAUAUACACCCGGCAGACGAUGGUGGCUGGCUCUGCCCGCGCUCAAGUCCUGGCCACAUUCGAAAACGUAUUGAAAGUGUCUGGGCUUUUGGCAGUCUACGGACUCUUUGUGAUGUACAAGGCAACGCACGAGUUGCUGCAUGACUGGAAGACCACGGCCAAGUUUCUCUCAGUGAAGCUGAUCAUUGGCUUGUCCACACUGCAAAAGAUGCUGCUGCGGAAAAUCGUGGAGGUCUUUCCACCACAUGAGGGCAGCUGUUUGCUGGAUCCCCUUCAUCCUAAAGAUUUGGACCGGGCCUUGGCCUAUUGGUCUUCGUAUUUGACGCUUCUGGAAACCAUUCUGCUGGCAUGCUUGGUGAUCAAGGAAAGGGCGACCCAUCGACUUUGUAAUGAUCCGCCAGGAACGAAACAGAAGCACGCGACCCAAACUCGGCUGAAGCAUGGCCCACAGGCCUUCCCAGCGGAGGAGGUAGCCGACUAUCCUUUGAAGAACCUGGAUUUUGUGGAGCUGGAGCUUCGGCAGAUCCAUCAGAAGAGCCGCAGCCAGAGCCGCUUAUCGAGUCCCAUUCACGGCCUGCGCAGCCGCCCGAGUCGCGCAGACUCUGAGGCGGCGUAG